CAUGGCGGUUUCAGCGAUAUGCAGAUGGGAAUACAGAGGUGAAGGACAUCGAAGCAUCGUGGUUGCAGACGUGAACAAUAGACGAGUGUAUCGAAUGAUCAAGAGACCGUGCCGUCCUGUAAAUCACACAUUAACUCAUGAAGAGCGAAUGCAGGUACAGUCAAGAGAGUUACAUCAGCUACAGCUCAUUGCAGACUAUGUAUCCAAUGUCAUGUCACCUAUAAUACCAGCAGCAUUUGUUGUUUCACCAGUUUUAGUAGACAUAGCUGGCAGUCACAUGGCAGAGGUGGCUAAGAGCGUGGAAGCAAUGAGACCUGCACAUCGUAAGAACAAGGAAGUGGAUCCCGCCUCCCGCUCGGCACUGGCUCUUCCUGACCUAUGCUUUGUACCUAAUGCAUUGCCUCUGAAGGCACAGCCCCCCACCGUCAGCAUAGAAAUAAAGCCCAAGCGAGGGUUUAUACCUACCUCACCAUAUAUAGCAAAAGAGAAUCAGAUAAAGUUAGAAGUUUGUAAAUACUGCCUGCACACCAGUUUAAAGCUGAAACGUGGUGUUUGGACACAGACAAGUAAAUAUUGUCCCAUAGAUCUCUUCUCAGGAAAUGUCCAUCGGAUGAAACAUGCUCUCUACUGUUUGUUAGAAACUCCACGAAACAAUUUUAGAAUAUGUAAGAAUGGUCAAGAAAUAUUUGGAGAUUUCGCCUUUGAAGACUUAUCAGAACACUUACACGACUUCUUGUCGGGAUUGAGUUUUGUAGAUCGUAAUGGAGUCCGACAAGAAAGUAGGUGCAUCAGUGUGUUCCUGGACUUGGUUGUACAGGCUUUGCUGUGGUGCCCGCCAAGUGAAAGGGAGAAGAAAAGUUACUAUAGAAUAUCAGAAGACCCCCAGCCGGUACAGCAUUGUGCCAACUCUAUAUAUCGACAGGGGUCUGCUCUCAACACUGGUGAAACAACUGGGCUCCCCUCAGGCUGUAUAUUGGAUACCAUUUUACGCAUCCAACAUCUUGAUGACUUAGACAUUGAAGGCAUUAUUUUAUUAUAUAAACGUCUUAAACAACAUUUUAAAGACAAUCAAGACUGCAGCAGCAGUACAUGGCAGCUGGAUGGCCCCUACCGCAAGGAUAGCUGGAAGAUUAAGAAAGCUAGUUGUUCACCAAUGUCUAGUGUAGAGCUUAUGGUGCAAAAGAUAAAAGAAUUCCUGGUGUCAAUGACGGUCCAAGACUGUUCCAUAAUGAUAUCAUUACAGCCUAUUGAUGCAAGUGAAUGUGACUCUUGGUACGUGGCAAACAACCCUGAUCAGACCUUGGUGGACUUGGAUGGACAGCUGUACAAGUUCUCUGUGGGCACCAUAGACUUAGACCCCAAACCUUUUGAUAAAAUCCCAAAGUACUUUCAGCAGGACCUAGAUAUAAUGGAGGCUUAUAGGAAAGCCCUCAUGAUGGAAAGAGAGCAGCAGUCUGAGCAGAGCUGAUUGCGUUCAGCAAACGUCCCCAAGUUCUUGGUUCUCAACACUGACAACGAUCAAGAAGGGAAUGGCCGUUAUUGUGAAAACAAGAAUUAAAAUGUUUUGAUCCAAGGGCUUCCAUUGAAACCUAUAAUCCCCUACAGAGAGCUUAAUGAGUGUUUCCUGGAAGCAAAUUUCAAGAUUGUUGGUGAAACUGUUACUCUGGCAGAUAUUUAUAACUCGCAUACUGAUCUCGCCACAAGUCAUUUGUUGGUCUGCAUGUAGAUAAAACUAUGCCAAAUGAAUUAGAAUAGAAAACACACAAGGAAAAUGAAAAAGGAAAAAUCUGUGGCAGAUUUGAAUCUAAACAUAAACUGAAAAAAAAAAGAUAUCUUUUGCAUUGAGAUGGUUUCAGCUAAAUGUUCAAGACAACAAGUACAGUCAGCUGAGUGUAUAAAUCAAAUUACUGGAUUGUGUAAUAUGUUAUUGUUUACAUGUCAAGUUGAAUCUGUGAUCUUUAUUUUGAUUGGAGACUUUUAUACUUACUUAUAAAGUUGUUUGCAUGGCUGAACCUUAAGGCUGAUGUGUCCAACUCCAUAUUGGCUGGCCAGCAAUGCUCUGAAUUCUUUGCAGUGAACAUAAAACAUGCUGCAGUUUGCUGGUAGCCUGAUGCAACAUACGACACUGUGAUUAUGAGAUAGGGGAUGAACUUGGAACUGACACCAUAUUAAAAUACUUGCUAGUGUGUAGUGGUAUGUAUGGGGGGAGGAAAGUCAACAUAUGCUGUGAAUGUGUCUAUCUGGGUCAGUUAAGUGACCUAAUAUUGAAAUGUGUGUUGAUACUAACCAUGAUACCUAGUAUGAGUGAUCAGGGUACAUAUGCCCUCUUCAUUCACACACUAGAUCGAUCUAUAGGCAGUUAGAUUUUAGCCCAAGCUAGAUAGUCAUCUACAAUGUAACUUUCAUAGAUGUCAAGUCUUCAGACUGGAUUUAAAAAUCGCAGUAAAAAUUGAUUCUAGUAUGGGUUGAAAUACAACUUGUUUCCUGGCAUAAGCCAUGGCAUAUCAU